AUGUCUACCGGGCCUCAAGAAAAGGUGCACUGGGACUUUCGAUGUCUGGAGAGCCACAGAGCCCGCCAAGAAGGCUCAUCCAUCGCAGUGGAGCUUGGCCAAUUCCUCCCUGGCAAGUUUGGGGGUGGCAAAAUCAACUUCGCAAUGGUAUCCAAUCCUUUCAGUGUUAAAGACUCAUGGUGGGAAGCGAAUGUGGAUAUCAGCGUCAAGAGCUUGCCCGACUCGAUGAGGGAAGGGUGGUCUUGGUCCGAAGACAACAUCGACAGAGCCGGAGGCCAGCUCAUCAUUAAAAGGAGCGAUCUUCACCAAGUCCAACAACAGGCUGGCUGGUGCUGCGGUCGUAGAUACAAGCUGGUUGACCAGGCUGAGGAUCCUCAGUGGGAGGCAGUGGUUUGGAUCUACGCCAAAGACCUGCAAAGUUUAGCCUGCGUUAAACUAGACAAGCUCCUCCAUGAGAAGGCGUAUGCGACGUGGGCAACAAACGAAAAUAAUCACCUGGCCUACGUAUUCCACCGAAAAUCACACCAUCUCAAUUUUAACGCCAUCCACGAUGAGAUGCCAUUGACUGGCUGGUGGCCGUGGCCACGAACUGAAUGA